UGGCGAUUAACACCUGUUGGCGUUACAGGGUCUCUGAAACUGAAAGAGGUGCCGCUUCCUUGCUUCUCCUUGCCUCGUAAAUUAAGAGAGCCGACUGCUACUCGCAGAACUCAACUGCUACAACAUCCGUCGGUCCGACCAUCUGGUGGUAAAGAGGCAUUUUCCUCUCUCGUUAAAACAAAAAAAAAAAAAAAUUGAAAAUGGAGGAGAGGAGAUGGGCGAUUGCAGCGGGAAUCUUGUUUCUUUCGAUGACUACGACCUUGAUCCGUACGGGAUAUGCGUCCAAGGGCAAGGAAAAGAUCUGUGACAAGGGUUGGGAAUGCAAGGGCGUAUUUUGCUGCAACCAGACCAUCUCAGAUCUCUUCCAGGUUUACAAUUUUGAGGAGCUCUUCAGCAAGCGCAACUCCCCCGUUGCCCAUGCUGUCGGCUUUUGGGAUUACCGCUCCUUCAUCACAGCCGCCGCCAUAUACGAGCCCAUAGGAUUCGGCACCACUGGCGGCAAGCUUAUGCAAAUGAAAGAGAUUGCUGCAUUCCUCGGCCAUGUCGGCAGCAAGACCUCCUGUGGCUAUAACGUUGCAACCGGUGGUCCUUAUGCAUAUGGGCUAUGUUAUAACCAUGAAUUAAGCCCAAGCCAGUCUUACUGCAACCCUAACUAUCUCUACCCCUGUACCCCUGGAGCUGAAUACUAUGGCCGUGGUGCCAUUCCUGUCUACUGGAACUACAACUAUGGAAUAGUCGGUGAUGGUCUUAAAGUAGAGUUGUUGAACCAUCCAGAAUAUCUUGAACAGAAUGCUACGCUAGCCUUCCAAGCUGCCAUCUGGAAGUGGAUGACCCCAAUGAAGAAGAAGCAGCCUUCAGCCCAUGAUGUGUUCGUGGGGAACUGGAAGCCUACGAAAAAUGAUACCUUGGCGAAAAGGGUGCCGGGUUUUGGGACUACAAUGAACAUCCUCUACGGGGAUCUUGUCUGUGGCCAGGGCGAAAUCGAUUCUAUGAACAACAUCAUUUCACACUAUCUCUAUUACCUUGAUUUGAUGGGAGUUGGCCGAGAAGCUGCUGGAACACAUGAGGUUUUGAGUUGUGCAGAACAAGCUGCUUUCAACCCUUCCUCUUCAUCUUCCAGUUCGUAAGAUAGCUUAAGUAUCCAUUGUCAGCCAAUCCUUGUCAGGGAAACUGCAAUAAUAAAAGGCACAUGUGGUGUUGGAUUUUUCAGUUUCUGUGUGAAGUGAAACUAUUGUGAACCAAUCAGGUUGAAGGUGAGGGCUUUGUGUUAUUUGUCAUUACUAUUUCUUUAUCUGCAGGUGAUGUAUUUGACGUUGCAAUGAUUAUUGUGUUUAUUUCCAUAAACAUGAUUAGUACGUGUAUUAUGUAGAUGAAGACCUUGUUAUCUAUUUAGAUUUAUCAUAUUUUUAUUAAGUUCAUUGUUCUUUA